ACGCUUCCUAUUUUCAGCCCUGAAUUUAAGCUUACACGUCUCCAGUUUACCUGCGUCUCAUUGAACCUACCCGUGUCUAUAAAAACAAGCACUACCUCAACACCGACCACACAGAACUGGCAAUGAAGUACAACAACACAGAGGACAUCAUGAAGACACUGGAAAAGGCUCCAGAAGCACAGAAAGCUCUGCUAGACAAUCAAAGCAAUCUCAACAAGGUGGCUGACUACUGUGAAAACAAGUUCUCAAACGCUGCAUUCUCCUGUGUGUGAGGAUGCAAUUCAGUCAACAUGUCCACACACGCCUCCUAUUUUCAGCCCUGAAUUUAAGCUUACACGUCUCCAGUUUACCUGCGUCUCAUUGAACCUACCCGUGUCUAGAAAAACAAGCACUAUCUCAACACUGACGACACAGAACUGGCAAUGAAGUACAACAACACAGAGGACAUCAUGAAGACACUGGAAAAGGCUCCAGAAGCACAGAAAGCUCUGCUGGACAAUCAAAGCAAUCUCAACAAGGUGGCUGACUACUGUGAAAACAAGUUCUCAAACGCGGAAGACACAACAAAAGCAGUGGAGGAAUCCAAAGCUCUCACCACUCAGGCCCUGGCCAGUGUCGCUUACCAAAUCAACACACUGGCAGCGAGUGUACUGAGACUGCUGGAUGCACAGACUGUUCAACUGAAGCAGAUGGAGUCAUCAGUCAAUAUUCUCAGUAUGACCGUGGACAUGUACAAGGAGAAGGUGGCGCGUCAGGAGAUCGGCGUGCUGACUGCUCCAUGUAAAAUCCCAUAUGUUCAGAAGAUGGUUCCUCCGGCAAAACCUGAAGAACCUACCAUCGAAUACGAGCGUGUCCCGAUAUCCUACACCAGUCUAGACUUGAUCGGACAUGGAGUCUGGGACGGAAAGAAAACGGCAUCGAUGAAACCAGAAGCACAGACAAAUAUCCAACAGCCAAGUUUGCAAGAAGGAGGGCAACAUCUUGGCUCUGGUGCUGGCAUUGCUGUUCCUCCACCUUCGGUUCUCAACUGGGUUGGUUUAAAGCCCACAGCUUCUUCAUCCACACCAGUAACACCAGUCUCCUCCCUGUCACAGCCUCAGAGUUUCUACGAAGACACACUACCUCCACCACCUCUUUCACAAUUUGGUGAUACCGAUAGGCUUCCACCUCCACCACCAAUUUUUCCACAAAGUAGUCCAAUAGCUGUAUCUACAUCAGCUCCUUGUCCAUUUAGUUAUGAUUUUAGAGACUCAUUCUUACCACCACCAUCACCUCCCCAAACUGAGUUCAUGGCUCCUCCGCCACCACCACCUUCACCGACUCCUGCUGAUUCGUUUCCACCUCCCCCACCCGUACAUCCAGAGUUUGCUCCACCAGCCUCUCCAUUUCCUCCUCAAAGUACUGGAAGGGGUCAUGUUGCACCACCUCCUCCACUUCGCUCUACUCCUGGUGGGGGAUGUGCUCCUCCUCCUCCUCCUCCUGGACAGAGUAUUGCUCCACCUCCACCACCACCUCCAUCUUCUCCUGGAAAAGCCUUCAUUCCUCCUCCUCCCCCUCCACCAACAUCUCCAAGUGCUCCUGGAAAAUCGUUCAUUCCUCCUCCUCCUCCUCCACCUCCAGCUGCUCCUGGAAAAUCCUUUAUUCCUCCUCCUCCUCCACCACCACCAUUCUGAACCCUGGAACUUACCUUUUCUAAGAUAUUAGUGGUAACCCACUACUGUAUUCUCCAGACCAUAGCUGUACAUACAUCAUUCAAAACUUGCUAAAGAUGAAUAGAACAUUUCAUAAUUUUAUGUCACAUGGUUAUAUUCCAAACCCAAGUGUAUCUUUUCAUAGCUGCUGAACUAUCAAACUAUCUUCUAAUACAACUUAACCUUAA